AUGGGUAUCAUCUCAGCACUGCAUGUCCUCGUCACUUCGGUUUUGAUUGUCGGUUCUGUGGCCAUCACAGUGCCCACACCGCCGCUGAACGCAACCACCACCCGCAUUACCUUAUGUCCAGACGAUAAUUUCCUCGAACCCCCGCCCGCCAACCGCACGUUGAUCGAGCAGAUGGACAUUCAAAUAAGCGACGACGGCAUCCUGCCGGAAUGCUACAAGCAAUGCAUGAAGAGCGAAGACAAAAAGGCGGAUAUUGAUAUCAGCAAGCUAACCGUCCAGGACUGGUGCUACGACAGCGUCGACUUUGUCAAUGCCCAGACCUGGUUGAACAACUACGUGUUCCCUUGCGUCAAAUACGAAUGCGCUGACAACAUGGGCGGCAAGGCCCGCCGCGCUCGCGCGUGGAUGAGGGACACCUGUGAGCCUCGGGUUAGGAAAAGCACGCACAAAAAUGAUGGGGGCUGUGAUAAAGUCGAAGAGGAGCAGGAGAAGGGGGCAGAGAAGGGGCAAAAGAAAGCGGAAGACAAGGAUGCAGACACUAGGGAGUCUGAUUAUGGCAUUUGA